AAGAAUAUAUCUUGAAUUCUAAUUUUAGAGUUGAUACUCCGAACUCAUUUUGUACGCUGAUACUUGAAUCAUGCUUUUUGCGCGUGUUCCAUCUGGGCAGUAUAACAAUAUAAAUAAGAGAGGGUUUCAGUAAGUCUUCACAUAUCUCCUCAUCGCACAAUAAGCCGAGGAUGUCUUGCGUCAACUAUUUUGUUCUUUCGAUUUUGUUUGUAACAACGUUGAUACCUUGUUGGACCACAGCUUCUUUCUAUGUCUUGGUGGCAGAUCCAGAAAAUGAGAAUUCUAUAGUUGGGGAUUUCUUUACCCAUUCACGCAGCAGGCGAGCACUUACAGAUCCUGACGAUAUACUUGACAAUUUGGUACUUGAUAUUUACGACGGAAGUGGAAUGGGAAGCGGGGAUGGAGAAACACUAAGUCGUGAACAGACUUUGGAGUUUUUCGUUAAAAACUCAGAUUCGCAUAAUUCUGCAGAAAUGACCUUACGAGAUGCCAUGCCAGGAAAUGCAGUACUAACCAAUUUUAUGAUUCAUAAUCACGGGCAUGUUUACAAAUUUGAUAAACGACAGAGAAGCGAGAAAAAACAAGCUGAGCGAGAAUAUGAAAAUGCUAUAAAUACUGGGUAUAGCACGAUGCUGGUCGGAAAUAUCGGUCCACAAGACUCGACAUAUUCCGAAUCAGGUGAUACUCAGGAAGUUGUAGCAAUCCUGAACGUUCGCCCAAAUGACGUAUUAUCCGUGUCGCUUUCAUAUGUAGUUCCCAUUACCUAUGAUUCUGUACAAUAUUUGAAAGAUACAUACAAAACGAAUGUUACAAUUCAACUUGAAGAAAGCACAACAAGUAUACAAGGUGUAAUAUUAUCACCUAAUUAUCCUGAAUCCUAUCCAAACAACGCUGACUUAUCUUGGUAUAUAAAUGUUCCUAGCGGAUUAUUAAUUGAUGUCGAGAUUAUAAGUUACGAGUCCGAAGCCUGCUGUGAUCAUUUAUACAUCUACGAUGGCACAAGCGCUUCAUCUACUCUCAUGUCUGCGCUUUCUGGCGAAGGACAUGAUGGGAACUCGUUUAGAUCAUCUGGGUCAGCCGUUCUUAUUAAAUUCCAAAGUGAUUGUUUGAUAAACGAUGGUGGAUUUUCUUUGCAAUUUUCCGAUUUCAAGCCGGAUUCAACAAACGACGAUACGGACUCCGAUAUGGAAAAUCUAACACUAAAAAUGCCAAGAAACGAAACUUUCUCAAUAUAUCAGGAUCAAGGAACGAUUUCUAGUCCGGGUUACCCCGUUACCUACCCACCGUCAUCUUUUCUAACUUGGGAAAUCACUUCCUCUCCUGGUACAUUCAUUGUUUUGGAAAUCCUAAAUUUUGAUGUCCAAUCUGGCGAAGAACUGUGUGUUUAUGGAGAUUCCAAUGGUGACGUUCUUUGGAAGUUCAGUACUGUAGAUGUAGACAUAUAUUCCAGCUACAACCAGCACGUUGGAGUGUACGAAUCAGCUGCUAAUAAACUUCUACUUUCGUUUUCCACGUUGGGUAAAAACGUAAAUCUACGCGGUUUUAAUGCAUAUUUUCAUUCUAAAACUCUAAUCCCCACGUCUGACUCGCAUUAUAUCAGUCUGAAUGUAGAUGACACAAAUUGGCAAACGCUAACGUCACCCAACUUUCCAGAGAAUUAUGACAAUAAUAUGAAUAUUAAUUGGACUAUAUCAACUACAGGAGAUAACCUCAUUCGUUUUGAAAUAGAAAAUUUAAACUUAGAGCCAGUUUAUGACACUCUGACAAUAAUCGAUGAUAACAUACCUAACGUUGGAAAGCGGAUAGGAUCAGUUUCUGGAAUUGGUGGGGAAAAAUUAGAACACAUCUCAUUUAAUAAUAUAGUUUCCAUACUAUUCAAAUCUGAUGGCUCCAUAACAAGUUCUGGUUUCAAAAUUAAUUAUAAGGUUUAUCGGGUUUCAAAAUCCAUGGAUGAAACGUUGGAAUGGCAAGAAGGUCUUGUAAUGAAUCCUGAAUAUCCCAGCUACACGUAUAUCUACAGCGAUUGCUAUUGGUUGAUAAAAGUCAACGACGGAUUCCGUGUCAAUUUUGUUAUUGAUGAAAUCGAUUUGUAUAACGGUAACUUUACAGUUUAUGAUGGCGACUCAAAGUCUCAUGAGAUACUGUGGUUUGGUACAUAUGUGUCAUUCAGUCAUGAAAUUAGUUUUGUAUCCUCGUCCACCGAUGUU